CUUUCUUUCUCCUUGUCUGUGUGUGUGUGUGUCUUUCUACCCUUCCCCUCUUUUUUUCUAUCAUAUUUCAAUAUUCUCCGUUUAUAUCUUCUUCUUUUUUUUUCUUCUUCCUUCUUUUCUUUUUUUUUUCCCUCCUUCUUUUGUUGUUGAUUGUUAUCGUUCAUUGUUUGUUUUGUGUGUGUUUCUUGAAACAUUACAUUACAAACAACAAAUGGCAAACACUUUACAAAGCCUUCCUUUUGAUAGUCCAUCAUCAUCUACAAAAUCGAAUGAACCUUUUUUUUCAAAGCUCAAAUGUGGUUUAGUCAAGUUUAUCAACAGACGCAAGCACUCGUCAAUAGUAGACACUUUUCGUCCAAACAAUAAAUGUCAUUACAAGACUACAAGACAAGACAGUAAUCUUACUGAUCAAGAUGACCAAAAUGAUACUGACGAUGAUACCACUGGUCACGAAGAUACCGAUGAUGACGACAAUGACAACAUUCAAAAUAAACUUCGAUAUAGUGUUUAUUCCAAAGAUGAUUCUUUUGAAAGGAAUCAAUAUAUGAAAGCCACUGGUCAACAUCAUCGACGUCCAUCUACAGUCUCUAUACAAUCACCGCCUAGUAUUCUUGUUAAACGAUCACCUACACCAUCAUCUCAUCAUCGACAUACCAGUAGUUUACAAAAUUCAUCCAUCAUCUCUACUCCAGGUUCCAACUCAAAUAGACCAGCCCAUUACCACCAUUCUCGUCAUUAUUCACAUAUAUCAUGUAUAUCGGCUUCGAAUAUGACUGUGAACUCCGAGGAUUUAACUGCCAAGGAAUUUGCAGAUAUGGCUGGUAUCAAGAUUCUCUCGGAUGAUGAAUUGGAUCAAGAUGACCCUGCAGCUACCUCAACUACCGGAACAGCUAUUACUGGACGCAGCCGCCACACUUCUACAUAUCGCCCUAUUUCUUCUGCAUCAUCUAUAGUCACCACUGGUUAUAAUCAUCAACACCGGCCUUCUUAUUCUUCAUAUCAUGCUGGGGAUGAAACGGAUUGGUCAGUACUUAGUUCUGGAUCAAUUCAUAGUCAACAAAGUGGAUCAGCAAAAAUUUGGGAUACUGGAUUUUGGAGAAGACCUAGUAUGGAUGAUGGGACCAAUAUAACAACAACAACAAAACAAAAAGUAGCAAUAAAAACCAAUCAGCAUCAAUUACCACCAUUACCUACAGGAACGACAGCACCGACUUUACGGAAACAUCGAUCAGCUUUAUUACAACAUCGUCAAACUCUCUCUUUACCACCUCCUAUUCCGCCAAACAUAGCAUGUAAAGUUCAGGUGCAUCACGCCAAAAGCAAAAGUACAUGUGAUCUACCCAUCGUACGUGAACUACGACGAAUGCAUUCAAUACCAAAUAACAACGGUGAAUCUCUCUCUUCCAACAAUAAUGAUCAUCCUAUUAUUAGAAAGGGUCGUUUUGAAAUUCAAUUGGAAUCAAAUUGUGUUUCAUCACAACAACAUUCGACUGUCGUAUUGGAUACCAACAGAAACAUCGAUAUCACAUCAUAGUUUUUAGUAUUGAUACCCCCCUCUCACUUAUUAUCAAUAGUUAUUCUAUUUACUCCUUCCAUUUAUUCUUUGUCUAUAUAUCCUCCUUCCUACCUCCUUUCUCUCUAUUUUACCCUUUUUUGUAUAUUUCCAUUCAAUAAAAAUG